CACACACGCGCAGCCGUGCGACGAGGGGGCCUAGACCACUCUUUUGAUCGAUUUCACUGUGCUUUCCACGCGUUCGGCAAUUGGAGCAGCAUUUAAGUACAGCAUGGUUGAGCAGUAGGAGACUGCCAGCACAGCACUGCAAACAAAUGCGGGACGACGAGGAAACCAGCGCGGCAUCGAAACCACCACCGCAGCAAGCGAGCUGCGGCGCCCGCCACCUCAUCGUGACCCUCGCCUUCACGACGAGUUGCUGUUUGAGUGGCGUCGUCUUCGGCUGGCCGGCGCUCGCCGUCGCGCUUAAACGAGAAGGCGCCUACGCCGACAAAUGUGCCGACGACGACGACGAAUGCAAGUCGCAGGAGGUGGCGCUCGCGCGCGUCUUCACGAUCGGUGUGCUAUGUAUGUUCGGGGCGCGCCUGCCCGUGGGGUUAGCUCUGGACAGAUUGGGAGCCCGGGUCACGGUCGUCAUCACAUUGCUAGGCGCGGCCAUCGGAGCGUUACUGUUCGCCUCCAAAUAUUACGCCGUGGGGUUUGCGCUGAUCACGGGGUGCGCGAACGGCGUGCACGUCGGCUCGAUGCACCUCGCGCAGCUCUUUUCGGGACGGGAGGGCUCGGUGACGACGAUCUUCAAUGGGGCGCACCAGAUGGGGUCCCUUGUUUUUUUGGCCUUCCUCGGGAUCUAUGGCAGUGGCGUCUCACUAUCAAGUAUCUUCCGGGGCUAUGCGGCGUGUCUGGCGGGCUUCGCUCUGUUGCAUGGUUGCGUGAUUCAACCAUCAACACGAUACCGCAAGGGCGACCACGUAUCGCUCACGUGUGCUGUGCCGUGCUUGCGGGCCCACCAGUCAGUUGAUGAAGAAAACAAGCCCGGCUUCGUCGCGUCGGCAAAAGCUGUCAUCAAACACACCGUGUUCGUACCGUUGCUGGCGUACAAGGCCACGAUCUUGCUGAGUCUGCAGUUCUUCGUCGCUAUGUUACAACCGCGCUGAGCGGAAGACGGCCGCGCUCCAUCAAUCGCGCGGGACAUGGUCAUCAUCUUCAACGUCUUUUCAGCGGUAUUGGGACUGGUCGUGGGCCUGCCGGUCUUCGGCCGCAUCCUCGACCGCGGCGACACGAUCACGGUGUCCCGCUGCGCGACAUUGUUAGCCGUUAUCUACGACUGCUUACUCGCGUUGAGCACUGUGUGGAAUCUGCACGCCAUCGUCGAUGGGGCGCCCCAAAAAAUAGAUUUCCACGCAGGCUGAGCGACGCCCUGGCCUGGCCUCUGCUCUAUGAUAUCCCGUCCUACGGCGCCUGGGCGUUGGGACGCAUGGCCUUCUUCGCGUACUUCUUCGCGCACGUCCUGAAGACGUUCGAGGGCAACUUCGGCGUCGCCGUGGGCCUGCUGUCGUUCGGCGCGAGCGUCACGGCGUUUUUGAUCGUGCAGCCGCUCGCGGCGGUGGCGUUGCGGGAGGACAAGAUUGCGGUCGUGUCUGCGGCGCUGAUACCCGUACUCCUAAUGACGUGCGCGUGGAACGAGCGGGCGAUGCGGCGGCACGCCGCGGCGACGACGGACGACGCCCCGAGUCGCGGCGAUGGCGUAUGA